AUGAUUUUACCCAUAGAACUACUAAAUAUCAUCGUGAAUGAGAACAUUGAUAGUUUUAAAACUUUAAUUGCCUGGGCACAAGUUUCAAGCUAUUUCAGAGGAACUAUCAGUGAUGAUGUCGGAAUAAUUAUAGUACGUGAUUCAAAUUAUCCUUCUGCUCCCAGGGAGGAUUAUUUUGGAUAUCACUUCCUACUGACUCCUCAGAACCAUACACUAAUUAACACAGAUCUCCCUAAUACCGAGGGAAUGACGCAAAUUGUGAAAAGGUACAAUAAUUUACUUGUUGUCAUCCAGUCUGACAGGAGUUAUAGUGAUCCAUUGGCAACAAUAAUCGGGAGCCUCGGUUGGUCUUGUAAUAAAGGCACAAAUAUUUGUGUAUUUUAUCACAAUUCAACAAAUUUUUUGAGUAAACUCUAUUUUAGAGAACUUCAAAAACGAUUGUCAUAUUUGAAACUAUCUGAACUGCAUAUUUUCGGUAACAUUUUCAGCUCAAAUGAUGAACAAUUGUACGAUAUUGACACUCUCUUUGAAACUACAUAUUUAUACGGAGUAACUACUUUGAAUUCACUAGAUGUACAGGACAGUAGGCAUAGUUUAAUAGCUAAUAACCUUAGGAAGCUCAAACAUGUUAUUUACAGGUCAACAGAUAUAGACCUUUAUGAUUUCCUUUAUAACUGUCCGGAGUUGGAAAUGAUAGGAACAAUUAAAUUUCCUCAAUUAAAUGAUUCUGGUAUUUACAGAAUACCUCGAUGCAAUUCAAUCUCAUUUACGGAAUUUAAUUCAGGCGUCAGAUAUCCAAUAUUGGAUGGUUCCAUGGUAAGUACCAAACUUAACAUCACCCCUAGUCUGCGCUCAAGAGAUCCCCAUUUCAUUGGUUUGAAUUUUCCCAGAAUUGAAUUUUUAAAAUUAUCUUCCACUAACUGGACCUCACAAUUGGUAACAUUUAAUAAUUGUAAUUUCUCUUCUUUGAAAUAUAUUGAUUGUGGUUUGGCAAAAAUAUCUUGGAUGGACUUGCAAUCUUGUGGUGCCCUGAUUGAGAAAGUUAAAGUAAGCUUAUAUGACGCCGAGCAAAUUAGAUGGUUAAAGGAAUGCCCAUUCCAAUUGAAAGAAAUCAAUAUAACUCUAGGGAAUAUCUCAAGUAUUGGUACCUUUAUUUCGGAUAUUCUGGAAGAAGGAUUUAUCUCUUCGGAUAUCAAUGUUACUGUCAAUCUUUCUUCAUUAAAUGACUGCAUAUUUUUAGAGAAAGUUGUUUUACCAAAUUUAACCUCAAAUUCUAUCUUGAAGCUUACAGUAAAUGAAGAUAAAUUACAAGAAUCUGUGAUAUCUAAAGGUCAACAACUUUCUAGUUACUCAAUGAGUCCACAAGAUAAAAGUGUCAUCCUUCAUAUUCCACAUAUGAAGCAGUUGUCUUUAUUCAUGACCGAGCAUCAAACAGAAAACUCCAUCUCAAGAAGAUCAAGCAUAACGCACCCAAGAAUUACUACACCGCCUUUAAAUAAUAUUUUUGCAGAUGUGCCUACUUACACAUCUUGCAAUUAUGCUGUUUCUCCUUCGGAAUUUAGAAGAAAUAGUUUGGCGGGAUUAUCUAGCGAAACAGCAAGAAGGAAUAGCACUAUAACACUUGAACCUCAAAUGUCAAUGUUUCAGACAAGAAGGAAAUCUUCUGUUGGAUCGGUGUCCUUAUUUUCUGGAAAUACCUACAUUUCUCAAGAUGACUUCAUUGAUGAUAUACUUUCGUUUGAACUUACAGAGAGCUGUCCAAGUGUAUUAACGACGGACAUAUUAACUUUGGAAUCCUCCACAAUUCUUUUGGAAUCCAACAUAAUAAAAACAAUGAAAUUACUUCAAAUAAGUGUGAAUGUGGAAAAAAGUGUUCCUUAUCGGACAUCUGAUGAGCUCCUACUGCAGAUAUCGAGCAGAAUACUUGACGCUCUUAAAUUUCCAUAUGCUCUUAAAUUUCCUGACGUUAGAAUUGAAAAUUUUCAAAUUAUCGUCGACUUAAAGGGAAUACAAAUGCAGAAUGGUAAUAAUAUGCAUUUGAAUACAGAACUAGAGGAAAUCCUGUCUUCUAAGGGCCACCAUUUAAAAGUUGUUAGUGAAGUUGGUACUCAGUGCAAUAUAGCUGUAGUACUACUAUCCUAA